AUGUGGGCGACUCUCGGCGGGGCCAGGGGCCUCCAUGUGGGGCUCCUUCUGGGCGGCGCUCGAGGCCUGCACAGCUCGCCUGUCUCCUGCGGCAAGAACCUACUCAAGAAAUUUGCUUCGAAAACCAAGAAGAAGUUUUGGCCUGAGGGCCCGUCCUUGGGCUCCCACUUGACUCACAAGCCAUCUCAGUUGGCAUCCCUGACAAAGAGCACCUCCAAGAGAGCCAGGAGGGAAGACCACGUGCGCCUGAGGGCCCUGAACGGCCUCCUCUACAAAGCACUGACUGAGUUGCUGUGCACCCCGGAAGUGAGCCAGGAGCUCUGCGACUUGAACGUGGAGCUCUCCAAGGUCUCUCUGACUUCAGACUUCUCCACCUGCCGCGUGUUCUGGAGGACGACUGUCUCUGAGGCUCAGAACGCAAACGUGGGGGCCAUCCUGCAGAGGAGCGCUGCGCACAUGAGGCACCUUUUGAUGUCCCAGCAGACCCUGAGGAACAUGCCGCCAAUAGUGUUUGUUCAGGACAAAAAAAAUGCAGCUGUAGUGGAGAUUGAUCGGCUACUGGCAAUUGCUGAUUUUGGACCCACGGAUGAAAAAGACUUCGUGCAAAAUGAUUUCAGCGCCCCCGAGGCCCUGGACACGACGUCGCUACGUGAUACCCUGGGCCCUGCCGCACCCUCGAGUCUGUGUGGGAUCGACCACGAGGCUCUCAACAAGCAGAUCCUGGAGUACAAGAGGAGAAGAGAGAAAGGGCGUGGGAGCGUGGGCCCAGUGUGGCUGGAGCACACGGCUGAGCUGAGGAGGAAGGGGAAGGCCAGGCCCCGCGUGGACGAUGACCUCCCGCCCAAGGACUGCCUGUGGGAGACAGGGAGUGAUGGGCCCCUGGACGGCGGGGCCCUUCCCGAGGAGCACACCCCGGGACGCAUGGGGGCUCCAGGGGCAGAGCAGGAACCAGAGGCAGAGAGAAAGGAUCGCGGGUGCUGA